UCCAAACAUGGCAACUUUCAACAUUAGCCGCUGGAAUGAAACCACAUCCCUCUAUCAGUAUCUUGGCUUUCAAGUGCAGAAAAUUUACCCUUUCCAUGACAACUGGAACACUGCCUGUUUUAUCAUCCUGGUUAUAUUUAUAUUUACUGUAAUAUGUUUGGUGGUACUAGCCUUUUUAUAUGAGCUGCUUGACUGCUGCUGUUGUGUUAAAAACAAAACCAUGAAAGACUUAGAAAAUGAACCCAAUCCUGUUAGAUCUAUGAUGAACAGCUUCAGAAAGCAUGAAACGGAAGUGGUGUAGUGGUGGAAUGAUCUUCAGCACCGGAAACAA